AUGACGGACACUGAGUCCAGGGAGCGCGGCGCCCGGCGCGGGCAGCAGGUGUCCGGCGCCGAAAUCAUCGCCCAGGCCCUGAAGACGCAAGGUGUGCAGUACAUGUUCGGGAUCGUGGGCAUCCCGGUGACCGAGAUCGCCACGGCCGCGCAGGUGCUGGGCAUCAAGUACGUGGGCAUGAGGAACGAGCAGGCGGCUUGCUACGCUGCAUCUGCAGUCGGCUUUCUCACAGGCAGGCCAGGAGUGUGUCUUGUGGUCAGUGGCCCUGGUCUCAUCCACGCCCUGGGCGGAAUGGCCAAUGCAAACAUGAACUGCUGGCCCUUGCUUGUGAUUGGUGGAUCCUCUGAAAGAGGCCAGGAAGCGAUGGGCGCCUUCCAGGAGUUCCCUCAGGUUGAAGCUUGCAGAUUAUAUAGCAAGUUCUCUGCACGGCCAUCUAGCAUAGAAGCUAUCCCGUUCAUUAUCGAAAAGGCCGUGAGAAGCAGCAUUUACGGCCGUCCCGGGGCGUGCUACGUGGACAUCCCUGCAGAUUACGUGAACCUGCAGGUGGACGCGGACUCGGUGAUGUACGCAGAGUGCUGCCAGCCCCCUCCUGUCAGCAUGGCAGACUCCUCUGCUGUGCGCACAGCGGCGUCCAUCCUCAGGAGCGCCAGGCAGCCCCUUCUCAUCAUUGGAAAAGGAGCAGCAUAUGCCCAUGCGGAGGGCAGUAUCCGAAGGCUGGUGGAGCUCUGCAAGCUGCCCUUCCUGCCCACACCCAUGGGGAAGGGGGUGGUGCCCGACAACCACCCACACUGCGUCAGUGCAGCCAGGUCCAGGGCUUUGCAGUUUGCCGAUGUAAUUGUGUUGUUUGGUGCAAGAUUAAAUUGGAUUUUGCAUUUUGGACUGCCUCCACGCUACCGACCGGACGUGAAGUUUAUCCAGAUUGACAUCUGCGCUGAGGAGUUGGGGAAUAACGUCCGGCCUGCCGUCACUUUGCUAGGAGACAUAAACGCGGUGACGGAGCAGCUUUUAGAACAAUUUGAUAAAGCCCCGUGGGUGUAUCCUCCGGAGAGCGCGUGGUGGAAGACGCUCCGGGAGAAAAUGAAGAGCAAUGACGCGGCAUCGAAGGAAUUAGCAUCCAGAACCUCCCUGCCAAUGAACUACUACACCGUGUUCUACCACGUUCAAGAACAGCUCCCAAGAGAUUGCUACGUGGUCAGCGAGGGCGCCAACACGAUGGACAUUGGACGCACUGUGCUCCAGAACCACCUCCCGCGACACAGGCUUGAUGCUGGCACCUUCGGGACCAUGGGAGUAGGUUUGGGAUUCGCCAUCGCAGCUGCUCUGGUGGCUAAAGACAGAAGCCCGGAGCAGCGGGUCAUCUGUGUGGAGGGAGACAGUGCCUUCGGGUUCUCCGGCAUGGAGGUGGAGACCAUCUGCAGGCACAACCUGCCAAUCGUCCUCCUGGUGGUCAAUAACAACGGCAUCUACCAAGGCGUGGACACAGACACUUGGAAGGAGAUGCUGGGUUUUGGAGAAGUGGCCGCUGUGAGUCCCCCGAUCUUCCUGCUCCCAAAUGCCCGCUACGAGCAAGUCAUGUCUGCAUUUGGGGGAACAGGUUAUUUUGUACAAACUCCAGAGGAACUCCGGAACUCGUUGAAGCAGAGCCUGGCGGACACGACCAAGCCCUCCCUCAUCAACAUCAUGAUUGAGCCGCAGGCCACGCGGAAGACCCAGGACUUCCACUGGCUGACCCGCUCCAAUAUGUGA